AUGAACUCGCCUUCUCUGUCUCAGUCCGAUGAGCUGCCCGAGACACCAGUGAUGAUGCCUGGUGGCUACUUUCAUGAUCCAAAUCAGUUCCCUAUGCUACCCCCUCCCUUGAUUGAUGAUGAAGGCAGUGACCCCAGAAGCUUUGAAGGCCUGCUAGGUGUCCGGCGAAUGCGAGAACAGCAACAGCGUCGGCAACAGUAUGAAGCUCUCGUGAAACGGAAUCGCCCAGCCCACCGUGUAGACGCGUUUACUGCGUUUAUUAAUUUUGUUCGGUCAGCCAAAGCGACACAGGUACGCCAUAAGGCCUACCGUAUACCCAGACGUCGUUUUACAGCUUCGCGUGAUCCUAAUACACAAGUGUGGACAUGGGGGAAAUCGAGAGAGAAACCUAGUGGUACCCCUGCAAAGCAGGAGCAAGCGCCGUCUUAUGAGCUGCCUAAGCAACCAGCGCAAGAUGACAUGGACUCUGCCGUGGAAAGUUCGCCAUUGGGCUAUGUGUCUGACAGCGAAGUCCCUUCAUCUCGAGUUCAAUCCUACAAUGUCCCCUCAUCACCAAUGGAGGAGUUGGAUUUGGCGAUGUCUGUACCGAACUUGGAGCUGCCCAGACCUUCAAGUGCACAGGCUUUUGCCGCUGGGGAUUCCCAGCCAUUGUUGCAUCGUCGCAUUACGCCGCAGGAAAUAUUAAGCCGCUCUACGUCAGCACACACGUCGCCUGACAAACCUCCGUCUUCGUCGGCUGUGUCGCCUGCAUCAAAUCUGUCUUCAAAUGAGGCCACAUUAAGCUAUGUUUGGGUCGGUGUGUCCGUCGUGUUUGCCUGUGUCACAUUCCUCCCUGACUUUUGUGUAUUUUUGAUGGCUCACUUGCUAGAUCUUGUGAUGGAUACGUUUGAAGUGUUGUCUUAUACAGUGUGGUUCCUUCUUUGGAUUUGGCAGAAUAUUACCGGUCAAACGAUCCUUGGCCAAAUUGUCUAUGAGGCUUAUCACUUGGUUCAAAAGGAAUGGGAACAUGUCAUUCGUGAAGACCAUGAAGAAGCGUCGGAACAUAUGGUUCGCUUUCUGGGCAUUCCCCUGUUCCGCCAACCGCGUGGCUUAAGUACGUGGCAGGUAUUGCGUGGUCUCAUCGAGAUCAUCUGUAUACAAACGGUUACGCGCGAGCAAUAUCAAAAAGAAGGAGCUGGUUUAGUCCGACUGCAGAACUGGCGUCGGCAUGAAACCAGUACAUCUUCUCAGAAGGAGGAAGGACAGAGCGAAUCGAAGGACCCGAAGGCAGGCGUCGCUUCUGAGUCGUAUGGCAGCAAUGAAGAAGAAAGCGAUGACGAUGACGAUGAUGACCUUGUUGUAACGGAUCAAACGGUUGAUGUUUUGGAACUAUCUCGGAACACGAAGCCACAGACCGAAGAACAAGUGCCAUCCAAACCUCAUCGGAAUUAUCCGUACGAGAUGUGGCAUGAGACCAACGGAGCAAUGGUCCGCAACAUUAAAUGGGCUUCGCAGUUGUCCAUGUCAGCCUAUGGUUUGCGUGUAUUGAUUGUGGACUUGCCUCCUAUAUUCACGCCUUCCGGGCAGGAAUUGCCAAAGCAGACCUUUGCUCAUCUAACACGACUCCAGGCUGACGAUGUCCUGCAUGCUGAUAUUCAGAAUUUGGAUAUGGAAGCAACGUACCUCCCUACGUUCUAUAUUGUCCGCGAUAUGCGGCGCAAAGUAGUCUGCGUCGCAGUACGUGGCACGCAAAGUUUCGCUGAUAUUGUGGUGGACCUGGAUAUGAAAACAGAAGAUGUGACAUCUUCGCUUGCCGAAUGGCGUGACACUGAAGUCGACGAGAAGACAGAGCGCUUCGCGUAUCACGCCGGUAUUUGGCGCGCAGCCAAGACGCUUGUGGAGCCAGGCUCCGUGUUGUUCAAGAAAGUGUGUGAUGCACUGAACGAGAACGAAGAUUUUGGUCUGGUCUUUGUGGGGCACUCACUCGGUGCUGCCAUUGCAAGUGCUGCUGUUAUCCAACUAUCUGAGUACCAUAUUGAGGAUACGGGCCCGAAUGCCGAUCCCCGCAAAGGUGUAUGGCGCACAUCAGGGCAGACUGGGUACCCGGCAGGGCGUCUUAUUCGUGCUAUUACUUUUGCCCAUCCCUCCACACUCUCACAUACCCUGUCUAAGCGUGUAUCCUAUGGCCGAGUGCCGCUGGUCAUCAACGUAACGUAUGCCACCGACUUGAUUCCGCGGUUCGGUCAUGGUCAAGUACGAGAAAUUCGCCGAGUGUUGGGUGCGCUUACACGUGUGCGCCGCCGGCGCAAAAUGGUAUCAACGACCAUCAGCAGUCAUCCCACGUAUGCCAACGAAGACGAUGAGAUCCGUUUGCAUGUUAUCCGCCGGUUCUGGGAUUGGUGGUCCAUUCAACGAAACAAGUCGCCGGACCAGGUGAUGUUGGCUCGCAAAAAGCUGCUUGAGAAGCAAUUCUGGCGGCUACGUUUGGAGGUGGAAAGUGAUCUAUACACGAAUGCUCGACGUCGAUUCGAGGAGGCCGCUGCGGAAAAAAUGCACGAGACUCAGACGCCCAUGUCACCGUGGGUUCCAGAGGACCAUUACAAGGCGAUGCCUCUGCACACCAUGUCGGGGCGGCGUCAGCGCCUUGAUUAUGCCACGGUGCAGAGUGAGUCUAGGCAAGGCGGUGUUCUCGUGCCUGGCGGCCGCUCUUUGUGGCUCAAUGACGGCGAGUUUUACGACAUUACAAACCCACUGGCCUUUUUCUCUCUGCCAGAUCUACACUUUGCCAUGUUCACUGAUCACUUUCCGGCUGCGUACGAGGAAGCAGUCUUGGCAUUGGACUCGACCUCCACAUAA